GGUGGAGGAAGAGAAACGACAGAAGAACCAAGAAUUUGGUUGAACAUUUUUCUAAUCAAUAUUGCAAAGGUUGCAUAAUGGUAUCACUUUCAGAAACAUUUUGGAUUCAUAAAAACCUUAAGCUCAAAUAAGGAUGAUAACAUCAAAAUCUUUAUGUACAUGUUUCUACCUACUGCUUAUAACUGAGAACAUUUUGGGUACAGGGAAACCUAUGCUUACAUCUGUGAAUUUCCAAAGUUUCUUGGAAUGGAAAACAGAGGAGAAGAAUUGUCAUAUUCAACUAACAAAUGGCACCAAAUGGCUUUCAAUAUCUGUGCCUGUGCAGUGUGAAAAUGGGUCCUGCAUUACUGAACUCUCUCAUUACAUUACGGAUAUUUACCUAGAAUACCAAGCAAAAGUUAACUGUCUAAAUGUUUGGAAUAAUUCCAGUAAAAUGCAACUAUACAGAGAUGUGAAAGUGGGACCACCUAUGCUUAAUAUAUCUCUUGGGUUUGGUCAAUUAAAUAUCUCUGUGAUGCUUCCUCUUGCUUCAACACACAUAACAGAUGGAAAACCUAAACCUGUACAAAGCAUUAUUAGUAAUCUCGGAUCUGUAGAGAUAAUUGUGACUAGAGGAAAUACGCUUUGGAACAAAGAAACUGUUGACAUUAAGGAGGAUAACAUAUACAAUAUUUCUAUGGAAGUUCCCCAAAGACCUGGUGAAAACUACUGUGUGUCAGCAACACCUAAGAAACGAAAUAGUAUUUCUGUUAAUGAGUGUAAAAAAGCACCAGAGGAACAAAUAGCUAACUCUGUAAUUGCAGGUAUUUUAAUCUCGAUCAUUAUUGCAAUCAUGUUUUUUUUCUCUGGUAUACUGAUAAUCAGGAGAUACCGGUUUCUAACAUUUAAUGUGCUACAACCUAAAGUUCUGGGAUUUUCUCAACAUUUUCUUUCAGUUUUGGUAGCAGAAGAGUUAAGCAUCUGCGCUGUUCUGUCUAUAGAGCCUGUGAAGAAAGAUGUCAGACACAAUGCAGACAAAGGACUACAAUCACGCAGGGCAUAUGAACAAAAUGGCUUCUUGGAGCAAGGUGAAAAUAAUGAGAGUGAGGAAGAGGACGGUUUUAUAGAGAAAGAUAUCUCUGAAUACAGUCAAGAGGAUGACUAUCCUUCCAAUGAAAAUCUACACAUGUACCCUCAUGUUCAUGAAGAAUGGAACAAUCAAACUAUAAACCUUAAUUCUGUACAGUUUACAGAUCUUGGAGAGGAUUUGUUUCUGCACGAGAUGACAACAGAUGCUGUUAAUGUAGCUCUGAGUGUGUGUAGUAGCUCAGAACAUAUGGAUUGCAGCGAAGAAGAACAUGAACAAUGGGAGAGCAUGCAAGCAUUUAGUGGAUAUGAGAAAAGAUAUUGAAUUUUGAAUAUACCUCAAGUUAUUAAAGUAAAACUUUCUUUUUGUA